AUGAAUGGUAAUGGAAUUAAUCCUAUUAUCUGCCUCAGUAAUGUAGACAAUGAUGUAGAUAAGCAUAAAAGUGAGAAUUUAGAAGUCAUAGAGCCUACAAGAGGUAAUAACUUGCUCGACCUAGUCAGGUCAAAUAAAGAUACCCUCAGAAAUAAUUUGGAGAUCACUGAAGAACUUGAUUCAGGUGAUAAUGAAUUUAUUACCUCUAAUACUACCUCUGAGGCGAGUGUGGAGGUGUGGUUGCUUGUAGCAGGACUGGUGCUGGCGGCUUAUGUAUACUCUCGCUGGCGCCACAGCUACUGGUCGUCCCGUGGUAUUCCCACCCCACCUUUUCUACCAUUCCUGGGACACAUGCAUAAGAAGUUAGCAUUCUUUCAGUCUCGAUGGGAAUAUUUCGACGAGGUAUAUCACAAGUACGGUGGAGCAUCGCUAUGUGGCCUCUAUGAUCUGUUUCUUCCUGUCCUAAUGAUUGGUGAUCCAGUCCUUCUCAAAGGCAUUCUUGUUAAAGACUUCGAUCACUUUGUUGACCGACAGAUAUUUCGGGCAGAAGAAGGAAGCAUUACUAAUAAAAUGCUAAUCAGAAAGUCCGGAGAUGAGUGGAAGGCACUUCGAGCCAUCAUGACUCCGACAUUCACCUCUGGCAAGAUACGUGGGAUGUUCCCUCUCGUCUGUAACAAGGCUGACACUCUUGUCUCUUUUACUCUCAAAGAAGCCGCUCAGAAACCUUAUAUUGAUAUGAAGGAUAUCUUUGGACGGUUUACUAUGGACACUAUUGCUUCCUGUGCUUUUGGUAUUGAAUGUAAUUCUUUUAAAAAUGAAGAACCAGAGUUUGCCAAAAGGGCAGCAGCUUUUUUUGGGUCAUCACUUACAAGGGUUAUCAAAUUUACUCUUUUUUCCAUGUACCCAAGGAUUUGUAAUGCUCUGGGCGUGAAAAUAGACACACCUUCUAUAAAAUUCUUCACAAGAGUAGUGAAGGGGAUUAUAGCAGCACGGAAGGCUGGUCAAAAAAGGGAAGAUUACCUGGACAUUCUCCUGGAUACACAAAGUGGUCAUAAUUCUCCAACUACUGCCCAUGAAAACCACACGAGCAUCACUCACGACUCUUCAGUCACCGAAAUAGACAAAAAAAUCGCCCCUCUAUCUAAGCAAGAUGGAAUUUGUGCAUGGGGAUCAACAACAUCAAAUCACCUAAAACCCUUAAUAACCCAGCAAAAGGCAGCAGUAAGAAUGAUAACAAAUUCCCACUCCCGCCAGCAUACUCCACCAAUUUUCAAAAGUCUGAAUCUGCUCACCAUUAAGAACAUCCAUACUUAUUCAUGUGCCUACUACAUACACAGAACAAUACAAGCAAAUAUAAACCCUCCACUCAAACUUCUCCUCACCAACCUAAACAGGACACAUGACCACAACACAAGACUCAGAUCUCUUUUUGAUAUAACUCGUGUCCAUAUCACACUGUGUAAAAACUCUAUGCACAUAAAGGGCCCCAAAAUAUGGAAUUCAUUAGCAGAAGAUAUUAAAGUAACCAAGUCUGAAAAUCAAUUUAAGACUCUUCUCAAAAGCCACUUCAUCACCCUAGCCUAAAUGUUAAAUACUCAAAAUACAUUUACUCACCUAUGUACUCCCACACCAUAACUGAAACAAUUACAUUGAACCUUUUAUCCAUUGUUGACAGGAAUAUAAUUUAAUCAUUGUUUUUCACAAAAGCAUUUUAGAAUAUAAAUAUAUCUUUCUAUUAUACAAAUUUUGAUUCA